AUGCGCACUCGACAGCGACCUACCUCGCGGCACGCGGCGCCUCCCCAGAUCCUUCCUCCCACCAGCCGUCCAAUCCGCAAGGUCUUCAACUGUAUCGUCGACGAUUCGGCACUCGUGGCUGGAGUCAAGAAGAGCACGCGAAAUGGAAUUAGACAGUGGGUCAAGAAUGAACAAGUCCGGCUUUUCGUGCCGCUACACGGUAUAUCUACGCCUGGAAGAGUCGCGCAUGGAAUCCCUGCUAACGUUGCGAAGCGCUGGACGAGCUGAGUCGCCAGAAGUCAGGUAAGAACAAGCAUGCGGACGACGUUCGCGAGACGCUCAGCUGGCUCGACGAGGCCACCACGAAGCACCCCGACGUUGUCACCCUCCAAGGGGCGGACGAGACGUACGAGAGAUGGGCUGAAGUCGAGAGAUUCGUCGUGCCGCGUACACUCUUCUCCGAGUAUGACCACGAGCUGGAACCAGAAGCCGGAGGGAAUGUGGAGGCCGACUCGGCGGAAAGGCCUACGCUGACGGAGGGCAUUCUUAAGGAUACCUUCAGCUCUGUGGCGUCUGAGAUGAGCGGCUCCUUGUCUCCUCGCUCACUGAAGAGUGUCCGCUCCAGCGUGAGCCUGGUCUCACCACCAACAAGCCCGCCCAAAACCACUCUUUCUUCGUUCCGAAACAUCUCUUCCGUCGCUACUCUCGGCUCUCGGCCCCAAUCCACGACCGCUACAGUCCCCACUCGGCUGCAGCCUUUGUUCAACUAUAUACUCUGGCGCAUCCACCAAGAGACAGACCCCGUGGCCGCUCUCGAAUCCUUCAUCUUCCUGUGCAACGACCCUGGCAAGGUGCACUGUGCCAAAGGCUUCGACAUCAAGACGAAGCGCCUCGAGCAACUCAGGGAAGCCGUUGGUAGAGAGGAUCGCGAUUACAAGAAUCGCAUGGCACUACUCGAUCGCGAGAACCAGAACAUCGACUCUGCUCCUCGCGAUCAGCUUGAGGCGCAAGAGCAGACAAAAGAAGACGUCGAUGAUGACGAGGACGAAGUCGAGGACGGGGACGAGGACGGGGACGAAGAGAAAGUCGUCUUUACCCCGCCCAGGGCACCCGCUGCAAUGCUGCACAAACAGCAAACGAACGUUAUUGAUCCGAAUGCUUUCAGUCGACGUCCUCAACCAGUGACAGCCCCCAAGGGCGACCACGCCGGAAUCGGUCCCAAAUCGCCCCGUUUGCAUCAGGCACCUCCAAGCCGAGGCUCGCCCCGUGGUACCCAUGCAAUUCCAUUCGCCCCCCGCGGUGCCUUGAAGGGAAAUGCCAACGGACGUGGCGCUGGACGCGGUGGCCCUAGGGGACGCGGGAACUUUGCCUCUCCUCGUGGAGGGAUCCCUCAUGGUGCCGCAGACCAGGCAGGGCCGACGAGUCAGAUCGAUCCAGACAGCUUCGCUCGGCCGAAUCCUCGCAGCGGUGCGAGUGGAAGCCGUGGCGCGAGGAAGCUUUGGGUGCCAACAUGA